AUGGAACCAUUCCUCCAGGGUUCCUUGACUGAAUUAAGAGAGCUUGACCUUUCAUCUAAUUCUCUUUAUGGAGCCAUUCCUCCAGAGUUCGGAAACCUCACCAACUUGCAAGUGCUUUUCCUUUCAAAUGUUGGAAGGUGUAGAAUUGAGAACCUCGAGUGGUUAUCUCCUCUAUCUCAUCUGGAGGUACUUGCAAUGGAUGGGAUUUCAUUGGCCAAAACAAAUCAUUGGGUAGAUGUAAUUCUGAGUCUCCGGAAACUAUAUUGGUUAAGUUUAAAGGGGUGUGAGCUGUCACAGGUCAUGUAUCCAUUUUCUUCAUUUCUCAAUUCUUCUUCCUCAUCUAUUGAAGUCCUUUCUCUCCAAAACAACAGUCUCAACUCAUCCAUGUAUCGUUGGUUGUUCCCAUUCACCAGCAAUAAUCUCCUUUCUCUUGGUCUUUCUGACAACAUGUUAGAUGGGAUACCCAAAUAUCUUGGAAACCUCUGUAGUCUGGAAACUUUAUCCUUCUACAACAACUCUGCUGCUGUCAAAUUUCCUGAUUUUCUCAACAACUUGUCUAGAUGCACAUCGCUUUCAUUAAAAUCCUUGUAUGCUUCCAACAACCAAUUUACAGGGUCAUUGCCUGAUGAGAUCCAAAAGUUUACAUCCCUAACAGGUCUGUCCCUCUCUGAGAAUCAGUUAAAAGGAACUAUAAGUAAGAAACUGUGGGAACUGCCCAACCUUAACUCUCUUGAUCUUUCCGAAAACUCACUCCAAGGAUUUCCUUCCUCAGAUUAUAUGUCAAACCUUCCUGAUAUAGAAUAUAUUGAUCUGAGCUCUUGCAAGCUAGGGCCUCGCUUCCCCAAAUGGAUUCAAAAUUUGAAAAAUCUUACCAGUAUUGAAAUUGCAAAUACUGGUAUUUCAGAUACAAUUCCUCUUAAGUUUUGGGACUCGUGGCCUUCCCAGUUAACAUUGUUGAAUCUUUCUUCCAACAACAUAAGCGGGAAAGUACCAGAUCUCUCAUCAAAUUUUGACAACAAUUCAGUGAUAGAUUUAAGCUCCAACAACUUUGAUGGUCCAAUAACUAAUGUCUCUUCCACUGUGGCAUUACUAAAUCUUUCCAGAAACAAAUUCUCUGGAGGAAUCUCCUUUUUAUGUGAGGUUGUCCAUGGCUUUUUAGUUAUUCUUGACCUCUCCCAUAACUCUCUAAGUGGACAAAUUCCAGACUGUUUGUGGCAUUUCAAAGAACUACAAGUUCUUAAUUUAGAACACAAUAAUCUGUCAGGAAGGCUUCCUGCCUUUGUUGGAUCUAUGAUUAAGCUCGAGGCAUUGGAUUUAUACAAGAAUGAUUUAUCCGAAGAAUUUCCUGUCUGUUAA